UAACAAAAAUAGCUCACUCAUCAAUUAAUUCUAACUUAUUUGGAUAAAGCUAUGAUUGUUAAUUUUAAUAUAGUUAAAAUCACAAUUUUAUUUUAAUAAUUUUAUAAUAAUUAAUACUUUUAAAACGAAAUUUUAAACAGAGAACUAUUUUGAUAACGAUUCUCUUAUUGCGGAGGGAGGAAAUUCAGAAGGGCAUGUAUGAAGUUGUUUAUCUUUGGCGAUUGUGGUUAACUUUUUAGCCAGUAUUAACUCAAAAUCAUAUUAUUGUAGUGUGAACUUUUGGUCAUAGUUAAAUAAUAAUAAUUGUUUUGUAGUCAAUUCUUAACUUUUCAUAAUAGCUAUGAAUUAAGUUGUAUAACUUAUUUUCCAACGAGAACACUUGACAUUUUAAUCAGACUGGCGGAACAGCCAAAUAUUUUGCAGUCGUGCGAGGUCUGACAGUCGAUUCAAUAGUCUGCGAGCGAAGGGUAGGCUACGGCUAGUGGAUCUCUGCACGUGAAAUGGAUUUUGCUCUGUGGUUUUCAUUUCGGAGAGUAUAAAGACUUGUGAUUUAAUGAAUAGUUAUUUAUGUUUAAUUUUGUAGUUUAAAUGACUGUGAUUCAUGGAAGACUACAAUUCUCAUGUGAACCCCGAUGUGAAGCGGGUUGUGCAAAGCUUCCAGUCGGCAGCUGUUCGUAGUUUAAGCGGUCCUAACGGGUUGCCGCCUCGAACUGUGGGCGUCAUAGGCCAUUCAUCUAAGAUGAGUUCUUCUGAUGUAGAGGAAUAUCACAAAGCAGUCGCUUCAAAUAAAAAAAUUCCCGAUGAAAAAAGUGAAUUUGACAAUCCCCUAUACGCCCGUCCCCCUUUCCCGAUACAACAAAUGCCAGUGUUUACGCCGGUUGACACCUCUAAAAGCGAACAUUCUGACACCAUCUUAGAGGGCGAAACUAUUGCCUGCUUCAGUGUUGGUGGGGAAAAACGAUUGUGUUUACCUCAAAUUUUAAACACUGUACUUCGAGAUUUUACUUUACAGCAGAUAAAUGCUGUGUGCGACGACUUGCACAUAUUCUGUUCAAGAUGCAACCAGAUUCAGUUGGAAACUCUCAAAGUUCUGAAUAUUUUACCUGCUAGGGCCCCUAGUUGUGGAUUAAUUACCAAAACAGAUGCUGAAAGACUUUGCAAUGCUUUGCUUCACAGCAAUCCUGAGCGUUCAAUGGAGUCUUUUUCACGUAACAGCUUUAAAGUAUACCAUGAAUGCUUUGGAAAAUGUAAGGGCAUGCUUAAUCCAGACUUGUACACAUCUCCAGAGUCAAACUGUAUCCGCUGUUCUGAAUGUUAUGGUAUGUUUAGUCCACCAAAAUUUGUGUGCCAUGCACACAAAUCUCUGGAGAAUCGUACCUGUCAUUGGGGAUUUGAUUCUUCAAAUUGGAGGUCUUAUCUCUUGCUUGCCAAAGAUCAGAAUCUUCAUGAAAAUGGUGGUCUUCAAGAUGCCAUAGAUGAAAUCAAGUCACGAUUUGAUCCUUCGCACAAGUCAAAACGAAGACAGAGUCCUGAGAGAUCAAGAGAGUCUGGCAACUCCAAGCGAAUCAAAACCGAGGACAGUGACACCCCCACUGAUACCUUGACCCACUCCCCCACCCAAGGAAUACCAUGGGAGAUGAUGAGCCUGAGAGGGUUGUCGUCCAUGUACCAGUGGUCUCCUACUUUACUGUCCGCCAUCAAAGAAGGGAAACUCUUGCCACCGCCAGCCAUCAUGAGAGAACACCUGGUAAGUGGAAUAUUACCAUCUUAUCUGCAUACUGGACCACCUGUAUUGCUGAAUCCAGAGAGAGUUGUCCCCUAUUCUGAAUCUGAGCGAUAUGAGCGUCAUUACACCCCCAAUGUUUCAUUGGCCCCUUCGUCUGGUCAGAAAUCUUCAGCUGAGGACGAAGAUGAAGUUGAAGAGAAGCCAGUCAUAUCUGAUCAGACAAACACAGACAGACAGCACAUUUCACAAGGUAAAGCACCACCACUGGCUUCAAAAUAUGAGAUGAACCAAAGCUCAAUGGAGUAUGACAUACCUACAGACACAGAUGAUUCAAACAUGGCCUCUCCUACUGAAAGUUGUAAAGAUGUUACACUUUCUGACUUACCAGAGUUUGAGAGCACAUUGGAAAAAGAAAUGGAAAUGGUGCGUUCGGCAUUGAAUGCUAAAGUAGAGCCCACUUCAGAGUCACAUGCCAGAUUUAUGCAAGACUUUUCUAAGCUCAGAGCCAAGACAGAAGAGAAUAUUCAGUAUUUGUUGAGGAUUAUAACUCUCACAAAAAGGGAGUUGGAGAUGAGCCGUAUGCAAAACUCAGAACUUGAAGAAGUGAUUAACAAGUCUGCUAGAGACCUCCGGAAUGCUGUUAUAGAUAAGGAUUACGCUUUGGAGCAGGCUAGAGCUCAGAAAGAAUUGAGUAAAAAGUUGGAUCAGGAUUUAAAGGAUAGACUGCAUAAUAUGGAAGCUCUAUACAGAGAGGUGUUAAAUGAAAACAAUUCUCUCAAGCGUCAGUUGGAAUUUGUGGUCAAGCAGUCAUCUCACGGCAAGUUUAAUUCAAGCGGUGAUAAAAACUCUAGGUUAAGGAUAGCAUUAGACCCAUCGCUUCCUCAAGAUUUAGCCAAUAAGCAGCAUACUCUGGAAAUCAAAAGAGAAAAAGACAUCACAGUGGAUUAAGAAUGCAGACAUGUUCAUUCACCGAAGCCUGGAUUAAUACAAAACUGGACUGAGGUGUAUUCACAAUGACGUUUUUCUAUGAGAAUGAAAAAAAUGGAUAUACAAAAGAAAACUGUUAUGUGUCACUUCCACUGAAGAAAUCAAGAGGUAUAUAACAUACCAGUUUUAUCUCUUUAGUCUAAAAGACAAUGUGUGUUGGACUGGUAAUAAUUUUUUUUUAAAUGUGUUCUAUUACAAAGUCAGUGUUUGACGAAGACACCUUUGUGAAAGUUAGGUGACAAAAGAGAAAUGGCUGUGGGAUUUUUUUUUUUUACUGAGAUUUUAAAAAAAAAUGAAAAUAUUUUGUUUAGUGUUGUUCAGCUACUAAAGAAAAAUGUCUUGGUGUUUGUGCUCUUAAAUAUACAAAUAUGUUACUAUUGUGAUUGGUUCUGUUUAAAAAAGACAGAAAUAUUUUUUUCAUGUUUUUGUUUUGCAUGCAUAUGAAAACUAUUUAAUUUUUCCCCCCAUAAUUUAGAGAAUUUAAUAAUGUUACCAUCUUCAUUAUGCCGCUAAAUACAAACAUCAUCAACUUAACAUUGCACGUUGUCUCCCCAUUCAAGCAUUAUAGAACUUUGGACCUCUAGUGGUAAAUGGCAAUUUGUGAAUAAUUUUGUAAAUAAAUUGUUCUGUGGUACAGCUUUAGUGUAUCAGUAAGUUCCAGAUUAAAUUUGAAAGGCAAGUAUUAGGAUUGGUAUAUGUUGCUAGGUAAUUUAAACUGGUAUAUUAAGAUUAGGUAUACUUAUUUCUUAACAGCAGGUCUGUUUAUGAAUUAGAGAUAGAAUAGCUGAUAUGGUAUGCAAUAUGAGCUUUUGCUUUCAGUGGAGUAAAGAAUUGAAUGCCAGAUCAGUAGAAAGAUAAAAAAAUUUAGACUUGCUACUAGUUUCUGCUACCACCUGAAGUUACAAUUUUUGCUUAAAGGGAGGUACAUUUUUAAAUUUAUUGAUACACACUUCCAUGUUUUUUUUUUCUUCAUUGUUGCUGAGUGCUGCAUUAGCUAGCAUUAUAAUAGGGCUUUUAUUACCAGAAUACCUCAUAGUUCAGAAUUAAUUGUGACAAUUGCUCACAGAGCAAGUUUUGAAAAUUUCCUUGUCUUCAUCUAUAUUUUUUUUUUCCAGUCUUGCAAAUUGGAUUGUUGUUGGUUUAAGAAGUUUAUUGAUAUUUGAAUGCUUGUAAUUCUGACCUCAAGUACAAUGUGCAUAAUACCUAAUUUCAGUUGAAGUAAACCUGUGUUGUGUUGACAUUGAGAACUUUUUUCUGUACACAGUUUUUAAAAAGUAAAAAAAAAAACAAGUAUUGCCCUUUAUAAAUUAAAAUGCAACUAAAACAAUUUAAAAAUAUUCAAUGUUGCUAUGUACAUUUAUAAUCUUAAGGAUGAAGGAGCUAUCAUCAAGAUGGUCAAACAUAGCAGUUUUAUAUAUUUUAUUUAUUUAUGAAAUUAUAUAUAAAGCUGCUAUUUCUCUAUGAAUGUGCCAAAAGUUGCCCCUUGUAUCCGGUGAUUAUGUCAGCUUGGCUGCCCACAAUUCCACAUGCAGUGGUGGCUGUGUCAGGAUGUAUCAUUUAUUAGGGAAAAAUAUAAUCUUAACUCUUGUUGAGCCUCUGAACUAUGUUUUACGUAAGGCAGUUAAAUAAGCCGAUCGUUGAUAUUCAUGUGCCAUAGUCAAUGUAUUUUGUUUUUAUUCUUUUAAAUUCCUUAAUAUAUUAUUUUAUUUUAUAAGCCUUUGUUAAACUAAUAAAUCUUACCUAUGCCUGCCAUGUUUUAGUUUUAAAAAAUUGUCAGAAACUUGAUAGAAGUUCUGUUUCACAUUAAGGCCAAGGCUAUCCUACUCUUUUUAAAUGUCUAUAUAGAUGUGAAUAGCUAAAUACAGUACUCAGAAGUUUGAAUCUCAAUUUUUUCAACAUAGGAAAGAAAAAAAAAAACUAAGGAAAUUAAAUUUUAAAAAAAAUGCAGACUAUUUAUUGUAAAGCCUACAAAAACAAAUAACUUUCCUAUGUGAUUUCAUCCCAACUGUAUCAAAGAUUCUUUUAUCUAUUUUCUUUUAUUCUCAAGCUGUUGUGCACAAAAUUGGAAUUUCAUUUUUUCAGUUAGCCAAACAAAUUUCUAAGAUGUCAAAUAUCUGUAUUUAAGUGCACUAUUGUUUUUAUUCCAUGACUUUUCUAUAUCUUAUAUUCCAUUAUCUCUAUGAUUAAUCUUGCUCCUAUAGGCUUUAGGAUGUGUAUAGUGUGUAAAUAGUAUGAAAGCUGAGCCAUACACCAAAAUGCACUCGUGUAGUGUGUGUUUGGUUUACUUUCUCUGGUGUAAAACACUAUCUUCUUCAAGCACAACAGCAUUUAUCAUCUUCUUUAUCUAAGACCACACUCAAAUGUUUCCAUAUCAUUUUUUUUUGUUAAAUUAUUGUUUGCAAUUUAAAUAGCUUUACAGAUUAUGGGAAUUAUGUCAAUGUUUGCUUCAUUUUUCCAGGUCUGGAUUUGUUAAGCAGAGUUAACUGAAGUUAACAAUUCUUUUGCAUUUAAUAUGUAUGUUAAGAGCUAAAAAUUGAUUGCAUGUAGCUUGUGUUUAUAUUUAGCUGAGCUGGUCUUCAUCAUUUCAAAUGUCGGAAUUUGGUGUUGUGCUAUAGCAUAUUAAUGUAUCAUUUUUUAAAAUCUUCCAUUUAUGAACAUAGAAAGUUUGUCCACUGGAGCCAGUCAAAUUAUCAAGCGAGCUGUAUGUACAUAAUGUCAUGAUUUUAUUAGCAGUCAACUUGCAGCCUUGAAGAUGAGUACAGUUGUCAUAGGUUAACUUAAUUGAAUAUUUUUCAUUUUAAAACUAUUUGCUUCAUAUAAAGAUGAUACAUUUCAUAUUUUAAUUUUAAAUUGAUUUGAAAAUGACUGAUAAGUGUUCAGUAUUGAUCAUUAUAUGUACUUAUUUUGAAUGUUUUAUACAAAAGAUUUCUCUAAUGUAGUGUCUGUCCAUCUUAAAAGUUCACAUUGUUUUAAAGCUCACACUAUUCUAUUAAUCAGCCUCAAUUUCAUUUGUUACAUUUUUUAUUACACCAGGAUACGUGUCAUUUGUUCAAAUGGGCUUACAUUCAUUCUUAGAAGCUGUACAUUUCUUGUAAAUUUGUUUUCAUUGGCCAGUAUGUAAAAAUUGAAAAUGUAUCAUCACUUUUACAUUUUAAAAAAAAAUGGCAUUGGAUUGCUUCUGUUUCUUCCAGUACAUUAUUUCAUCUGUCUACAAAAUUGCCACAUCAUUUUAUUUCAUGGGUCAGUUAAAUUGUUGGGACUUGGUCCUGCAAUAUUCAUUUUACAGAUGUCUUUGUGAGAAAGUCAAUUACAAAUUACCUAAAAAUGGCUGCUUUUUAUGUUUUGAAAAAGAAUAUAUUUUGCAUGAACAAAUUGCUUUGAGAUGUGUAUAUUGCUUAUUUUUCCACAUUUGUGUCAAACUAUACCAUUUUCAAUGCAUAGCACAAUAAGGAAAUGGAUACUCUAUGUAGGUUGUUUUUGUCCUCACAAGUUGUUUUUUUUUAAAAAGAACUCGUGAAGUAUGAAGUAAUUUUAUAAUGAUAAAAUUAGCUCCAUACAAAAAUGGUUCUGUUAGUUUUACAAUUUUCUUAUGACUGGUUCUGUGAAUGCAGUUUCUUAAAAAAGUAACAUACAUUAUAAAUGCCACAAAACAUUCUUUGUUACAUGUUUUGUAAGAUGUAAGUAAUAAAUUAAAAAAAAAACACAGCAACAUUUUUGAAACUUAAAAAAAAAAAUUUGCCAUUGGUGGUUGUAAGUAAAAUGUGAUUUUUAAAACAAAAAGUUUUAUAUUACUAAUUAAUGUCCUGUAAAUAUAAAAUUUUAUGUAAAUUAUGAUAGAUAUUUUUCUUAAUAAAUAUUUUUUCCCAUUGUGUUUUCUGAAAAAAGAAAAUGAUUUUAAUAAUCUGAGUUUUAAAUGGGAAUUUCGAAUUAAUUCACCUGGAUGUUCAAAUGUUUUAUUUAUUGAUAAUUUAUUUUGCUUAGUUAACUAAAUUCAGUCUGAAACAGGCGCAAAAAGAUUAUUUUAUUUUAACAUUAUUGUGGAGCUUUAUCAUUGUUGCAACACUCAAUUCUGAUGCCUUUGAUUUUUUUUUGAUACAGAAAAGAAGUAAUCACAAAUUCCCUAUCAUUAAAAUAGGUCUCUACAUAUACUUUAUAUUUUUAGAUGCCUCCUGUGAUAAGAAAAAUGACUUAAAGUUUUAUUAGUUUCCUUUUCAUGUGUAUAAGAUGAUACAUGUUGGCAUGAAAAAUUCCAGAGAACUAAACAAAAUUUGUAGAAGGGAGUGAAAAUGUUGACUAUUUUUUUUAAAAUUGUAUCGUGGUUGUGUAUAGCUUAACUGUUUACUAUGUGACAUAUUUUACUAUGUUUCCGAGCAUUAUUUUAUUCAUCAUACCAUUUUAGCUAGUCUUUAAUUUUUCAAAGCAUGAAGGAAGUCUUAAACAGCAAAAAAUGUGUUUCAAAACAUAAAUGAUCAAUACUUUUUUUUUUCCAAUUUCAUUAUUUAUAAUAUUCAUGGUUUAAAAGUAUAUUGGUAAAUUUUUACACCCAGAAAGUUUUCAAAAGAAAGCGUAACUUUUCUUAUUAUAAGAACAGUGGAUAUUGUUAGAGUAUCAUUAAGAGAAUGUCAAUGGGUCAGUGUGACGAUGUCACCUGAGGUUAAGUGUCAUGUUAUAUAGAGAUGUUUUAUUCUAUUAAAACUGCAUCUGUAUUAUUUUACAGCUCUUUGUCAACAAGAGCAGUCAGUGUUGUGCAGCAAUUGUGUUUCACUUCCUCAUGAUGAUUUUUCUUUUCAUCAAGUCUUGUAACAUAAAAAAAAAACUUAUGCAUGGUGGCAUUGUUUGAAGAUUUAUACUGUAUUGUUACAUAAGGCAAGACAUGAAGAAUUAUUAAGAAAUCCCAGCGUUUUGUCUCUCAUUAUAGCAGAUGUCUUAAUUGGUUACUAUAUUCCACACAUAUAGGAGGUACUACACAAAUCAUUUACUACUGUAGAAUGAAUUAAAAGGUUUUUAGUUCUAUUUUGAUGUAAAAAAAAGUCUGUGAUAAAUCUGGUCAAAAACAUCUUAGGUGGUAAACAUUGUGUACAUGAUACAACCAGAAUUGACAAGUCAUUUGCCUUUUUUCCCCAGUCAUCUUCUGUUUUAGAAAACAUCUUUAAAAUAAAAUAUGGUGUAUUGAUAAUUAAAGUUAAAUUUAUUUUUAAAAUUACAAUUUGAUUUUUUAAGAUUAUAGAUUUAAAAGAUCAAGAUAUUUCUUUGUUUUUACAAUGCUGAUAGACUUUUAAAGGCUUUCCACACCACUCCACUAAGUAAUGAACUAUUUCAUCAGAUGUUCAAAGGCUUGACAAAACUGGUUGUCCAUUGCUUAGUAUUUGCUUGAGUAUAAUUUCCUGUGAUCUGAUGGUCGUUUUGUUUACAGGUUGCAGUCAUCUUCAAUAUUUAUUUACAUUUGUAUAAAAUAUCUCCUAUCCCUAUUAAGAAAAUUCUAAUAGUUAAAAAGAAGCUAUUGAUAGUUAGAAUUGGUCUCCGCAGUCCAUCAACAUAGAUAUCCGGGAAUGGACUUUAGAAAAAAGAAAGCAUGUAUGAUUAUACGUGUUUAGUCUAUAUUUUAAGUCUUUUUUUUUUUUAAUAUUCUGUUGUUGCAUCUUUGUUAAUUAAAUAUUCAUUAUGCAUAGA